UUUAUCCAAUGGAAAAAUAUAACCUACAAAUUUGACAUUUAAAUAUUUCUUGUUUUCUUUCGUUUUUAUAGCUAAUAAAAUGUAUAUUAAUAAAGAUACGAUAAUUAUAGGCAAAAAUAUUGUUCUGGUGCCGUAUAGAGAAGAGCACGUCUUAAAAUAUCAUGAAUGGAUGAAGUCUGAUGAAUUACAAAAAUUAACAGCAUCGGAACCGUUGACGUUGGAGGAAGAAUAUGAAAUGCAAAAAUCUUGGUUAAGAGAUGAAAAUAAGUUAACUUUUAUAAUACUUGAAAAGGAGAAAUAUUUGGCGACUAACAAUGAAGUUGAACCGAUGGUGGGCGAUACAAACCUAUUUUUCGCCACCCCAGAGGACCGAAUAUUUGCUGAAGCUGAAAUAAUGAUAGCUGAAGAGGGCGCAAGAGGCAAAAAAAUGGGCUGGGAGGCAAUGCUGCAUAUGUUUUUGUAUGGUAUCACAAAGUUGGGAGUGAAAAAUUACAUUGUAAAAAUAUCCUACGAUAACCAAAUAAGCCAGAAAAUGUUCAUCAACAUGGGAUUCACAGAGGAAAGCAGAAGUGAAGUUUUUCGGGAAAUUACGUUUUACAAGAUCGUUGAUGAUUUGUGGGUGCAGUUUUUGCAGCAAAGUUUGCAACCUUUCGAAAUAAAAGAUAGUUCAUUUUGAGUUUUACUUUUUUCCAGUAUUUUAUUUUUUUUGUUUAAAAAAUACCCAUAACUUUAUACAAAAUUUUAUUUACAGAAAAACAGCCUUAUAUAAUUAUAUUAAAUGAUAAGUCGAUUUAUAUAAAAGUUACUCAUAUGUUGGUAAGUCCCUUUUAAAAUUCUCCAAAAGCAUAAUUUGAUGAACUAAAUUGGUUUUGGUACAUUGUUUUAAAUAUUGUAUUGCAUAAUCUAUACAUUGUUCUGCAAACUUUAUAUCAAUGUUUUCUUUGCUGGAAUCCUCUUUUUUUAUUUCCAAAUUAUCAUCUGGAACUAUUUCUUCCAUAUCGUCACAAAAAUCUGUUGGCUCCUCCUUAAUAAGAACCAACUCUGUUGGUUGUGGAUUAUCUCCAUCUGAAUUAUAUGCUCCGAAAUCAUCUGCUGCUUCCGUUAAGAAAGGACUCUUGUACAGAGGCUGUUCGGUUUCUGUUUUGUUGUUUAUGGAAUUUUCAACAUAUACCUCAGUAGUAAAUCUGAAAUUCCCACUGGCAACCAGUAAUUUCGCCGAAGUCCGUCUAAAACUGUGGCCAGUAUAGUCUGUGGGGUGUGGAAGAUUCAAAUAGGAAGCCACUUCUCUUGGGGUCGAGGAGACUUUAUGCACACCUAUUACAGUGCGAUGGCACCUGCCGUUCUGAUAUUUUAUGAAAAAUCGAGAAGUGUUCAUGUUGUCAGGACGUAGAACUGCAUAUUUUCUGUACAACCCAAUGUAAAAAUCACCAAAAAUACUAAACACACGGGGUCUCUUUGUUUUGGUGUCAGGAAUAUUAACAACUAUUCGUGUGUCACAAUCUUUUAUUUCAUUUACAUUAAUAUUGAUUAUUUCCUCACAACGACAAGCCCCUCUGACCCCAAACAGCAAAAUGACCUUCAAAGCCAGGAACUUUUUAUCCGGGGCUUCUCGUAAAAACGUGUCGAAUUGUUCUUUAGUAAAAGUGUUUGCUUUCUUCGGUAUGUAACCCACAUUCUUUGUCCUUAAAAAUGCCUGCAGUUUGGCAUAACUUUCAAUUUUCACACCGCGUUUCGUGUUUAGUUCUGCUUUGAUCAUGGAAUAUUGAGCCCAUAAGGAGGAACUUUUCAUGCUUUUUGCCAAUGUUGUGAAAUAUGCCAACAUAACUUGCUCGGAUACUUUUGUUGCAUUAUGUUCGUCGCACCAUUUUAAAAACCGUUGGUACGCAAAUUCGUACAGUCUUUUUGAUUUGGCUGAAAUUAAUGAAUCUACUGUGCUUGGGGCAUUCUCUGGUGCUAAUUCUUGGCCUUCCGACAUCUUGUAACUUUGUUGACGUUUUACAUUACAGGUUAUGUGCAUGAAUUUAUUUUACA